AUGAACACUUCACUGUAUAUAUCAGACCUAUAUUUUCUUCUCUUGUCUUCGUCCUGCUUUUUAUCUUUCCUUCUCUUUUCCUUUCAUUCUCUUUUUCUCGUUCUUCUAGUUUUCAUUCGCUUUUCUCGCGUUCUUUUUUUCUAUUUUUCUUUCCUUCGUUCUUCCUUCUAUCUUUUCUCCUCGUCUUCGUCCUUGCUUCUAUUUUCCCUUUUCUUAUUCUCAUCCUACCUAUCUUUUCUAUUCUUCUCUUCGUCCAUUUUUCUGUCUUUCAUUCUCUUUUUCUCCUCCUUCCUUCAAUCUUCUCUUCUCUUUUUCCUUCAUUCUAUUUUUCCUUCUCUUUUCCUCGUCCUUCCUUCUAUUCUCUCUUUUCUUAGUCCUUCCUUCUUUCAUUCUCUUUUUCUCCUCCUUCCUUCUUUCAUUCUCUUUUUCUCUUCCUUCCUUCUAUCUUCUCUUCGUCCUAUUUUCCUUCUCCUUUCCACGUCUUCUCUUCUUUCUUCCUCCUAUCUUUCUUACUCUUUUCUUCGUCCUUCCUUCUAUCUUCACUUCUCUUCUUCCUUCCUACUAAUUUUCAUUCCCUUUUUCUCGUAUUUCCUUUUAUCUGUUUUCUUCUCUUCUCGUCUUCUUUCCUUCUGUCUUUCAUUCUCUUUUUUCUCGUCCUUCCUCCUAUCUUUCAUAAAAUAUGAAGGAAAAUGA